AUGGCGAAAGAUGUGCCCUUGGGGGAACAAUACAACUACGGUGUCGUGGUGAAAGAGGCCCCAAAUUUCGACCUUGCCGCCUACAUCUCAAACUACAAAGGCUUGCCAGAUCCCACACUGUAUCCCUUGGCUUGUGCUAACUUUCCGACAGGCAAGAACCUGGACAAUCUGCUUGAUCCGUUAUGGGCUGCUCAGCAAGAGAAGAAAAACAACGCAGAGACGGCCCGCAUGGAGAACGAACUGAAAGGCUACAAGAAUAACCUCAUCAAGGAGAGCAUUCGAAUGGGGAACGAAGACCUGGGAACACACUACUACACCAUCGGCGAUCUCAACAACGCUGUCAAGGCAUACUCCCGAAUGCGAGACUAUUGCACCACUGCUGCUCACAUUGCAUCGACCGCAUUCCGGAUUAUUGCUGUCGCAAUUGAACAGAGAAACUGGCUGGCGGUCCAGUCACAGGUGCACAAAGUCCGGAACAUUCAGCUGAAGCCCGAGGAAUCUGCUAGAAAUCAACCCAAGAUACAAGCGGCAAUGGGCCUCCAGCAGAUGUCCACCUUUGACUACCAUGAAGCUGCCAUCAGCUUUAUCAACACUGAUCCCAGCCUGGGAGACACUUACCGAGACGUAGUCACGAGCAAUGACAUCGCUGUAUAUGGCGGGCUGUGCGCGCUGGCGUCCAUGUCUCGUGCUGAGCUCCAGAGCAAAGUUUUGGAGAACAGUAAUUUCCGCAAUUUCCUCGAGCUGGAACCCCAUAUUCGUCGAGCUAUUACCUUCUUCUGCGGGAGUAAGUACAGUCAAUGCCUGGACAUUCUUGAGUCGUAUCGAGCGGACUAUCUUCUUGACAUUUACUUGCAGCCUCUGGUUGCAGACAUCUACAAGCGAGUCCGGACCAAGAGCAUCGUACAAUACUUUCAGCCUUUCAGCAAAGUUACCCUGGCAAGCAUGGAGAAAAUGUUUGGCACGCCCACACACUCGAGCGGAGCAAUCAACGCAGCUGAAGCGAGACGGGUUUUCCUUGAUGAGAUCAUCGCCCUCAUCGACGACGGCAGGCUCGAUGCACGGAUCGACAUGGAAAGCGGCGUGCUUGAAGCCGUCCAGCACAAUCAUCGAGCGGAGGCCCAGCAGUCCGCCCUAGACAUGGUUGAAGCUUUUGUUCGUGAAGCUCGAAUGAAGUUGAUCCGACUUCAAGUCGUGAAUGCUGGUUUGGAGGUCAAGCCACCGUCGAAGAAGAAAGGGUGGGGCAUGGAGAACGAGAGUUGGGACGAUAGUGAUGUCGCUUCCGGAGACCAUUCCGCUCAAUCAGGCCCUCUUGGACCUGGUGGCAGAGAUAUCAUGGGUUCAAUUUUGGCUGCACGCAAGGGCGGAUAG